AUGGCGACCGCAGCGCAGAAACGCCAACGACAAAAUCCAUGCACGCCGGAGGCUGCAGCCUCGACGGCGCCGAUAGAGUGGACGCUCCCAGCAGAUCUUCUGCUCGAGAUCGUCGCGCGCUCCGACAUCCGCACCUUCGUUUGCUGCGCCGCAACAUGCAAGCUCCUCCGCGGCGACAUACUCAACCCGUACUUCGUCCGCCGUGUCACGCAACAAGGUGGUAUCGUGCCUUCCUGCAUCCUCGCCAACCUCAAUAUUGACGACGGCGUGCCACCCCUCUCGUUGGUCCACCCGGCCACGCCCACCGCCAUGUCAUUUAUCGAUGACUCUUUGGCGCCUUUCGUGUCGCGCAGGGCUAAUGACUUUCUUAGAGAGUACUCCUUCUGCUUCAGUUCUAGCAACCAUUUUGCAUCGAUGGAUAUUGGCGGAUUUGAUAUGAUCUGCAGUGGAAGGGAUAAGAUUGAAACACCAGAGCAGUUCCAGCAAGCUGAAGACACAGUCAACAGACUUGAUUUGGAUGGACUUGUUGUCAUCGGUGGUGAUGAUUCAAACACAAACGCAUGCCUCCUCGGUGAAUACUUCAGGGGAAGGAACUUGAAGACUCGUGUUAUUAGUUGCACAAAGACUAUUGAUGGAGAUCUAAAAUGCAAGGAGGUCCCAACAAGCUUUGGAUUUGACACUGCUUACACUUUUAUCCACUCACUAACAUGUACUCUCUAUGGUCAUGCAAUUGUGAGGCUUAUGGGUCGUGCUGCUUCUCACAUUACACUAGAGUGUGCUCUACAGACACACCCUAAUGUUGCACUCAUCGGUGAAGAGGUUGCUGAGAAGAAGGAAACACUCAAGAAUGUCACAGACUACAUUACCGAUGUUGUUUACAAACGUGUAGAACUUGGUUACAACUAUGGAGUUGUCCUAAUACCGGAAGGCUUGAUUGAUUUCAUCCCAGAGAUUCAAAAACUCAUUGCAGAAUUGAAUGAAAUUUUGGCACAUGAUGUUGUUGACGAGGCAGGGGCUUGGAAAAGCAAGCUUGAACCAGCAUCUAGGGAGUUGUUUGACUUCUUGCCCAAAACCAUUCAGGAGCAGCUUUUGCUUGAAAGAGAUCCCCAUGGCAAUGUUCAGGUUGCAAAAAUUGAAACUGAGAAAAUGCUUAUUGCCAUGGUUGAAACUGAAUUGGAGAAGAGAAGAGCGGCGGGGAAGUACUCUGCACAUUUCAGAGCCCAGUCUCUAGAUGCUGGUUGUGUGUGUGUGUGUGUGUGUGUGUAUGUGUGUAUUAAUUAUCUAUAUCAGAUAUGUAUGAUUGCCUGUACAUACGUAUUAUUAAAUGCAUGUAUGUGAGUACUAUGAAAUGUAUGUCUAAACACGUGUGUAUAUUUUUAUUUUUUUUAAA